UCACCAACCUUUAAGUGGGCUGUGAAUGACAAGGGAUGAGGGGGUGCAGAAGUCAAAGAUGUUCACUUGCACGGUAGUUUCAAAUAAUUAGAACACAUGUACCGGUAGUUCAAAAUAACCUGUCAAUAUUCAAGUAAAGUCAAAUGCUGAUUUAAAGGAAAUAAGUAAAUGUUGGAUAACUGAUGAACUACCACUGGAGCAAUGGAAAAAGGGUUUUAAAUUCCACAUUUUUAACAUCCACACUUUUUAUAUUGGUAUCAGCAUCAACUCAUCAAAAUAUUCAAAUUUGUGUCAAAUGGUGUGAACUUCUGUGUUAAUGACACGUUCUUUCAAAAUAUCAGGAAACAUAAUGUCAAUUUGUUAGCAUUGAGAAGGCUCUAAAUACAGUGAAAUUUCCUUAUAAUUUCGUGCCAUGUAGGCCAAUAAAAUGCAGUGGAGAGAGAGGCAAAAUAGAGAAGAAGGUUUACAAUAACCUUCUAAUGCAAAGUUCAAUAUUGUUUGUUUUUGUCCGUUUCACAUUUAUUGCGUUGGCUUUAAGUAUAUCAAAUGUAGGUUACGAUUGAAUGCUGACGCCUUUGUCAAACAGUGUAUGUCCAACAACGAGUUUCAUGGCUCACCACGGACACCUAGUGGCUGAAUGAGCUUAACGCUACAGGCACGCCUAAAUGGGCAGCUUUCACUUUCAUUUUUUAAAUGUUAUAAUUCGAUACCCUAAUUAUAAUAGGGAUAACUAUGUUGGGAUAGGGAUAACUAUGAUAACUAGCCUACUAAGAGAAGUAGACCUUAUCGCUUAAAAGACUAAGCCACGCCAAAAAACAUGCUAUUUCGAACAGUGCUAGAGAAUGUGUAGCCUACUUUUGCAUAGGUAGGCUAUAAUGAUAAUGUUAAAACCAUAGACAGUAAAAUAAAUGCGUAGCCUACACACGAACCGCUAAAUUGCAAUAACAUUGUUGGACAUUGUAGCCUAUAUUGUAGGCCUACAUUCAGUGAUUCUGUAUUUAAAGGCUACUGUCAAUGUGUCACCCUCACAUAAUAUGAGUAAUAGCAAGGCUAUUAAAGACCGCCCUACCAAAAUUAAUAUAUGAAUACUUUCCAAAGUAGCCUGAAAAGGAAUACCUUCAACUGUUUCGCAUAUUUAAUUCACUGCACUGGCCUGUACCGUCGCAGUCGCCUGAUAGUCUAGUCGGAACCAAUGCCACGGAAAAAAGAUUCCCCCCGUUCACGAUUGGUGAACGGAUAUGUGUACUUCCUUGUUUUUAAAUGUGAAGUCUAACAACUGGAGUGGCUCUAAUGUAUUGAAAACAAAGAUUGUCUUCAUUUGGUGACUCGUGGCAUUUCACUGGUUAAAGGGAAGGACCGUCCAUGAAGCAUGAUGUAAAGGUAGACUGCUCAGUUCAGUAGAACUAUGGGACAGCAGUGCCCAAUUUGCUUGAAGCAAUUUGCCUUUGCCUCCAGACUUCAGCGCCAUCUUCUUAUGCACGAAGGGCAGAAGCCGUACUCCUGUGUGCUGUGCUCAAGAGAUUUCUGCCAGUCGGCAGAUCUGAAGAGGCACUUGGAGACCCAUGUAAAUCUCGACCCCAAUGCAAGAACUGAUGAAGAGGUGGAUUUAUACCCACCACCCACAGCUGCAAGGGAUUUGUCUGUCCAGGACAGCCACCUUUUGGAAUCCAGUCAUGACAACUCCUCGGGUUAUUUCAAUCUCAGCGAACAACCAGAGAUGACUGGCAGCAUAACUGACCCCUGGAAUUGUUACAGAUGGAAUGACACAGAGGUUUUCACAGAAAGUGAAAAAAUGAAGGAAAAAGUAUUCAGUUCUCCUAGGAACCCCAACAAACAACCCAGGCAAGGCACUGUCGCCAGGGGAAGGCCUCAUCAGUGUAUGGUUUGUUCAAAACAUUUUGGUUCUCCAUAUAAACUGAAGAGACACCAGCUCAUCCACACAGGUGAGAGACCCUUUAAGUGCUCUCUCUGUGACAAAGCAUUUACACAGCUGUCCCACCUGAAACUUCAUUCAAAGUCUCACUGCAGAAGGAAUUCUGUGAAACUCCCAGUAGUUGUGUUAGAUCACCCGAAGAGUCCAACACAGAGUCGAUCAGCUGAGUCAUAUCCCACCCAUUUGCAUGGUAAGACUGCUAUUAGUAGCCCAACACAUGCAGACGUGUCAGAGGUUGCAAAGCCUCCUGGCUUCACACUUGCAGACAGCUCACCUUCAGAAAUUUGGGAACAAGCUCUUGCUAAGCCCUCCUAUGUGGUAGAAUCUCCAUGUGAGAUUAUACAGGUCAGUGAGCAGCAUCUUACUUUACAAGUGAAGGCCUCAUAUGCCUACGAUGACAUUCCCACACUUGACCAAGCCACAACUGGUAAACUGAGUGACUACAAAGGUCAGAGAUCAGAUGUAUCACCUCCCAAGAAACUUAGCCAAAGCAUAUCUGAAGUAGAAGUGCACAGUCAUUUAGAUGAUGAUCAAAUGGUUCCAUCUUAUGUUUCAAAACCUCAUGAGUUAUUGGUCACUGGACAAGAUGAAAGGUCAUCCAAAAAAGGCUCAUAUGAAUGUCAGACUUGUUUCAAGAGUUUUUCGGUUCCUUCCAAGCUGCACAGGCACAUGUUGACUCAUACUGGACAGAGGCCCUUUUCAUGUCAUAUUUGUGCCAAAUCGUUUAGGCAGCUGUGCCACUUGAAGCUUCACUUGCACACCAAAGUUUGCCUUAAGCAACCCAGCAAGUCAGUCAAGAGAAAAGUGAGGAACAUCUUUCAUAAUUACCCUAAAGAAAGUGGAUCUUUGACCACUGUGCCCAAAAUUGAUGCACACAACGAUAUGAAUGAUUGCACAACUGCAGCCCAGAACUGCUGUAGUUUGGGUACUUGUGUGCCAAACUUCUUAGCGGUUAACAGGGUCAGAGGAAAACCAUCAAAUUCAAUUGAGCCCAUACCCCAUCAUUCUGUGUACCAUAGCCAAUAUGGGUCAAAACCUUCUGACCAAACGUCAGAGAAGAGUCUCUCCGAUUUACCUGAGACUGUCAGUUUAAACUGCAGAAUUGUCCACGAAUGUCCUGUGUGCUUUAAAUACUUUAGUUCCCCAUCCAAGCUGAAAAGACACUGCUUGAUUCACACAGGCCAAAGACCCUUCCAGUGUUCCAUGUGUCAGAGAGCUUUUAGGCAGCUUGUCCAUUUGAAGGUCCACUACAGGGUUCAUGAGAGAUCAGGAAGGAAGACGCCCUAUUUGCAAAGGCAAGGGUUUAAAAACCACCACAGUCGAGCAUCAACCCCUCAACAGAAAGCCUUCAACGUGCAACCAGUGUGGUUGGAAAUUCAGACAUCAAACUCACCUUACUGUUCACCUUCAAAGCCACAAGAGCUUAGUUGGAACUACACCUGUCAGUACCCUGAUAAAAACAUCUAAACACCAAAAUCAAAUGUCUUCAGAAGUACAGAAAACUAAUGAACCUACUAAAGAAUGUAUCUCUGGUCAGAGUGUGUGUAUUGGAAGAAAAAAUCUAGAUAAUAUCCCAUGCAAAACUCAGCGUGACUCCUUGACCAGUGAUAUCAGAAC